GUGUGAAUACAGUUUCUUUGUGACCCUCUAUGGAUAUAAGAAGGUCUGCGCAGGAGCCUGUGUUGUUUUCUACAUGAUGGAAUGAAGCGAGUGUUGAGUUUGAGCAGCUGUGAGACGGAGGAGUUGAACAUGGAGCAGCAUUAGUCCGGAGAUAGCCCCAGGCAGCAGUCCAACAACCAGGAGGAGGAGAGACGAACGGCAGAGUGAAGUAAGUGUUCCACAGUCCGACUGGAUAGAACAGCACAGGGACAUCUGUCCAGGGAGGGAGAAACCAGCAAUGGUGAAGAGAAACAGAGGCAGCAGAAAGAAGCCAAAGGUGGAUUUUAAGUGAAACCUAAAAGUUGUAUCUGGCGAAGAUUACAGCAAACAUGGAUGGAGGACACAUCUGUGACCAGUGUGGGAAGACUUUCCCCAGUAUGAAUAGCCUUAAGAUACACCUACGUAUCCACACUGGAGAAAGGCCAUACGAGUGUGACCAGUGUGGGAAGACUUUCAACAACAGGAGUAACCAUAGGAGACACCUACGCAUCCACAAAGGAGAAAAACCAUGUGAGUGUUACCAGUGUGGGAAGACUUUCACCCAAAUAAGUAACCUUAGAGCACACCUACUCAUCCACAUUGGAGAAAGACCAAAUGAGUGUGACCAAUGUGGGAAGACUUUCACUCAAAUAAGUCACCUUAAGGCACACCUACUCAGCCACAGUGGAGAAAGACCAUAUGAGUGUGACCAGUGUGGGAAGACUUUCACCAGAACAAAUCUCCUUAAGAGACACAUAUACUCCCACAGAGGAAAAAGACCAUAUGAGUGUGACCAGUGUGGGAAGACUUUCACCCUCAUGAAUCCCCUUAAGAGACACCUACGCAGCCACAGAGGAGAAAGACCAUAUUACUGUGACCAAUGUGGGAAGACUUUCACCCAACAGUCUAUCCUUAAGACACAUCUCCGCAUCCACAGCAGAGAAAGACCAUAAAAGUGUGACCAGUGUGGGAAGACUUCCACCAGAAUGAAUCACCUUAAGAGACACCUAUGCAUCCACUGAAGAGAAACACACCAAAACAGUUUGAGUGUUACUGAUGUGA